AUGUUUAAAACAGCUAAGGGCUUCUUGAAAGAGGACUUGUUGUUUGUAGCAGAAGAAAUUGGAGAGACACUGCCUGAUAAGGUAAAAAUUUCUGAACUGAAAGAUAUUAUUUUGAAUAGCAAAGAGUAUUUGGAUGAUCCAGACUUUGUGACAAAUAUUUUAGUAACGGCCGUGAGCCAACGAAAACUAAAAGAAGAACAAAAACAAAAGCAAACAGAAUUUGAAAAAGCGGAAAGAUUAAAACAGCUAGAAUACGAAGAAAGUGGAAAAAUAAGAGAACACGAACUGGAAUUGGCGAGAAUCAGAGCAACGUUGCCAAUUACAGGUGAGUCUCAAAAUACUGUUAUAUCUGGUGCUAAAAAGAAAUUUAAUCUGCCAAAAUUAGAAUUUAGACAGUUUAAUGGCGAUAUUAAAGAUUGGCUACAAUUCUGGAGCCAGUUUCAACACAUUCAUAACGAUGAUGAAAUCGCGCCUGAGAAAAAAUUUCAAUAUCUUGUGCAAGCUACUGUAAAUGGAUCACGAGCCCGAGAAGUAGUAGAAAGCUUCCCGGCAACAGCAGCCAAUUAUGCCAAAGCAGUUGAAAGUUUAAAAGCACGAUUUGGGAGAGAUGAACUAUUAGUAGAAGUUUAUGUUCGGGAAUUAUUAAAGCUGAUAAUCUCAGUUCAGAAACAUGAGAAAAUAUCGAUGACAUCUCUCUAUGAUAAACUCGAAUCUUAUUUGAGAGCCUUAGAGACUUUAGGAGUGACUACUGAUAAAUGUGCUUCAAUUCUUUAUCCCAUGGUGGAGUCUUGUUUUCAAGAGGACUUUUUGAAAGCAUGGAAUAGAAGUGCUUCUUCAGCAGUCUCAACUGAUGCUAAAGACCGUUUAACCAACUUGAUGACUUUUCUUAAAGUAGAAACGGAGGGCGAAGAAAAAAUUAAUUUGGCUAUGGCUGGUUUUGGCUUGGGUGCAGAUGAAAAUCGCCAAUCAUUUAAGAAAAAAGUAAGAGAUUUUCCAAUGAAAAAAGUACCUACAGCUGCCAAUUUAUUUACUACAGCUUCAAAAGAAGUGAAGAAAGAAUGUGUUUUCUGUACUGGGAAACACUCGAGCCCAGACUGUUUUCAAGCUCAGAAGAUGAGUUUGGCUGAAAGGUAUAAUAUUUUAAGAGAGAAGCAAUGUUGUUUUGCUUGCUUAACACCAAAGCAUACAUCUCGUUCCUGUAAGGCAUUUUUAAGAUGUGUAAUAUGUGGGAAAAAGCAUGUCCCACUUAUGUGUGAGUCUCUAGAGGCUAAGAAUCAAGAUUCAUUCAAGAGUGAGAAUAAGAGUCCAAAUGUUGAAGUUAAUAUGGCCAACAACACUUCUAGUCCCAGGGUGUUCCUCCAAACGUUGAAAUUAAAAAUGGUGUGUGGUAACAAAGAAAUCCCAGUUAGGGCAAUUCUAGAUUCUGGGUCACAAAAGACUUAUGUAUUAAAGAAUGUUGUUGAGAAAAUGGGAUAUAUCCCACUCAGAAAGGAAAUUCUGAUGCACUCAUUGUUUGGGGGCAUUAAAUCUGACAAGUGCGAACAUAAUUGCUAUAGGAUAAAACUGAGAAAUCAAGACAACAGUGUUACAUGCAACCUGGAAGCAUUAGACCAGCCAUCUAUAUGUGACAAAAUUUCAUCAGUCAUUCCAGGUUCAUGGAUUACAGAACUCCGUGAGAUGAAGAUCAGGCUAUCAGAUGUAGGGGAGGAGCCACAAUCUAUUCAAGUGCUUCUUGGUUCAGAUGUGAUAGGGAAGCUCAUGACUGGCCAGCGUAGAGUUCUAUCCUGUGGGCUUGUUGCCAUGGAGACACUACUUGGCUGGACUCUGUCAGGUAAAGUUCCUGAGAAUGAGAUGUCAUCAUGCAAUGCUAUGCUGGUGGCCUCCCUAUUUGUGAAAGAGAUGGAUAUCUCCCAAUUAUGGAGAUUAGAUUCCUUGGGGAUCCAAGAUCCUUCAGAACAAAAAACCAAAGAGGAGCUUCAUAAAGCGUCGAUGGAGCACUUCUUAAGAACUGUCAAGGUCGAUGAAGAAGAGCGAUUCCUUGUCUCCCUACCUUGGCUUGACGGUCAUUUGCCUCUUCCAGACAACUUCAAUUUGGCACUCAAAGGGUUGCAAGUGACAACCCAUAAGCUGAAGAAGGAAAACUUAUUUCAAGAAUACGGUGAUGUCUUUAAAGAAUGGGAACGAGAAGGCAUAAUUGAAGAAGUUCCCCAAGAGGAAAUAAAGUCUGCUUGUCACUAUCUGCCCCAUCGACAUGUGGUGAAGCCGAACAACACUACGAAAAUUAGGCCCGUCUUUAAAGCUUCAUCAAAACAAAAGGGAGCGGUCAGCCUCAAUGACUGUUUGGAAAAGGGAUUAAACUUGAUUGAAUUGAUCCCUUCCAUGUUAACAAGGUUUCGACUGUAUAGGUUUGGCAUUUCGGCUGAUAUACGGAAGGCCUUCUUACAAAUAAGUCUAUAUAAGGAGGAUCGAAAUUUCCUGCGAUUUUUGUGGCACAGUGAAGAAGGAGAACUCAUACAUUACCGACAUUGCCGAGUGGUGUUUGGUGUUUCCAGCAGCCCUUUCUUGCUUGGGUCAACAAUCCAAUACCACUUGGAGAGAAAGUUGGAAGAAGCGCAGCAAGGCCGUGGAAGAUACCCUGAGUGCAUUAUUCAAAAGUUGAUGAACAGCUUUUACGUGGACAAUUGUUUAGCAAGCGUCAAAACCCAGUCGGAGCUAGAACGAUUUAUUGAUGUAGCCACGGAGAUCAUGGCUGAAAGAAAAUUCGACUUACGAGGGUGGGAGCACUCUAGCCCAUCUGAUCCAAUAACAAGUCCUACAAUCAUCCUGGGAACGAUUUGGGACAGACAUUGUGAUACUCUUUCAAUAAAUAUUCCGGAUUUGAGAGAACUAAUGGAAGAGGUUAUCACGAAAAGAAAUAUUCUUGCUGCUUCCCACAAAGUGUUUGAUCCCUUGGGGAUUACUAGUCCAGUGUUGCUACUACCAAAACUCUGGCUACAAAAUUUGUGGAAAUCUAAAAUCGGUUGGGAUGAAGAAGUAGAUCUAAAAACACGUCAAGAUUUUCUGAAGUGGCUAAUGGAGCUGGAAUAUUUGAAGCAUAGUAAAACUAGAAUUGCACCUUGUGGAAAAAAGGAAACAACUAUUGCAAGUCUGGAACUUCUUGGUGCUGCUAUAUCUGCUCGUCUUUCUUCCACUGUCUUGAAAGAGUUUCCAACAGACAAUGUUUAUUUCUGGACAGACUCUACUACUGUGCUGGCUUGGUUGAAGAGAGAAGAACCGUGGGGUGUAUUUGUUUACAACCGUGUUCAAGAAAUUCGAAAGCUGACACCAGUCAAAGCCUGGAGACACGUUCCUGGAUCACUGAAUCCAGCGGACUGUCCGAGUAGAGGGUGUUCAGCGAAGCAGCUUUGCAGUUCGAAAUGGUGGGAAGGUCCCAGUUGGUUGUACCUUUCGUCUCAUGAAUGGCCUGUCAGUGAUAUGGUAGUAGAUGUCAAUGAGGAAGAAGUCAAUAAAGAGAGAAGAGCUAUCGUGACCUCUCUGGUGAAUAUUCAAACAACCGAUAUAAAGAGUGAAUAUUUUUCCACCUAUAGUAGAAACAUCAGAGUAGUGGCAUGGAUUCUACGUUUUAUUCAUAACGUUUCAAAUGCAACCAAGCUAAAAGGAAACUUAGUCUAUGAAGAAUUCAGACAAGCAGAGAUUUUGUGUUUCAAGUCCAUGCAGUCAAAUGCCUUUCAAGAUGAGAAACUUCUUGCUAAAAUGCAAGCAUUUAAAGAUGAAGAUGGGCUUCUGAGAAUAAGAACCAAACUAGCAGACAGUUGUGAGAAGGAAGAUUUCAAGUUUCCAAUUCUCUUACCUGCCAAUGAUGUUGUAAUAAAAUUAAUUCGAGAGGAGCAUAUAAAAGCUAUGCAUGCAGGCUCUUCAAUAUUACUCGCCCGGCUUAGAGAGAAAUUUUGGAUAAUUAGAGCCAAAAGAUUAGUUAAGCCGGUUCUUUCUGAGUGUGUGAUUUGCAAGCGUUAUAAAGCUAAACAUCUUGAAGUGCCCUUCGCUCCACUGCCUAAAGAUAGAGUUACUCAGACAAAGGUAUUUGAAGUAACAGGUGUAGACUAUGCAGGUCCUCUUUAUCUUAAGUCGAAAGGAAAGGCCUGGAUUGUUUUAUUUACUUGUGCUGUCUACAGAGCAGUGCAUUUUGAAUUAGUCCGAUCACUCACUACUGAUACUUUUAUUCAAGCCUUAAGACGGUUCAUUGCAAGAAGAGGCAGGAUUUCAGUACUUUACAGUGACAACGGUACUAAUUUCGUAGGGACAAAUAAUGCGUUGCGAGCAUUAGAUUGGGAUAAAAUUUCUGUGUACUCAACUGCUCAGAAAAUCACUUGGAAAUUUAUCCCACCCACAGCAGCCUGGUGGGGUGGAUGGUGGGAGCGUAUUGUGAGAAUGCUCAAAGAGCUUUUACGUCGAGUCUUAGGAAAAUCUAUUAUAAAUUAUGAAGAACUCCUAACCAUCUUAUGUGACUGUGAGUCCAUAAUUAAUGCUAGACCGUUGACAUACAUACAAGAUGAUCCAAAUGAAUUGCUACCUUUGACCCCAGCCAUGUUUAUUCACGGAAACAGCAACUAUGAAACGCCAGAUUUAGAUAAAGUAGAUCGAUCUUCGUUGGUAAAGCGCACCAAAUAUUUGCAGAAGUUGCGGGAAGAUCUUAGACAAAGAUUUAGAAACGAAUAUCUUGCUCUUCUGGUCCACAGAGGAACAAGGAAAAGUGAUGUUUUAGAAGUGGGCGAUGUUGUACUGAUUGGUCAUGACAAUAUUCGACGCAUUGACUGGCCUCUUGGUGUUAUCUUGGAGGUUUAUCCUGGCAAAGAUGGUGUCCCUAGAGUAGCGAGAAUUAGAACCUCCCAUGGUGAGAGGAUCCGUCCCUUCCAAAGGCUUUAUCCAUUGGAAGUGUCAGCAAAAACUGAAAUUGAUGUUUUGAAGGCCCCAGGAAAAAGUGGCUUAUCUGUUGAGAAGACUCCUGAUUUACCUACUGACCAUGUUCCUGAUUCACCUAUUGACCAUGUUCCUGAUUCACCUGCUGAUCAUGUUCCUGAUUUACCUGCUGACCAGGUUCCCAAUUCUCCUGUUGAAAGGACUGAUAUUUCUGAGGAGGUACACCAUACCAAAACCAGAUUAGGAAGUACCAUAAAGGUUCCUAGUAAAUUGGACUUGUGA